AUGGAAGUGAAAUCGAAGAGCAAACCUGUGGACGUUCUCCUCGGAUGCAUCGUCGCCGUCUGCUUUUCUGCACUUUGCUCGGCUGAAAGACUGUGCACGGUGCCUCCUGGUCCGGUGUCGGUCCCAGAAAACAGCACGGCUGAUGUCCAGGUGGUGAAAAUCAUCUCCAGCAGUGAUGUGAUUCUGACGGUCACGGUGAACCCUGAGGACCUGUUCUACCUGAAGGGGAACCUGCUGAUGGCGAAGAAAGGCCUCGACUACGAGUCGUUGUCCACUUCAGCUCUGGUGGUUUGGGUUCAGUGCAGCAGGUCCGGCUCCAGAUCUGUGAACGAGUCCGUUGAGGUUCUGGUUGAAAACGUGAACGAUAAUCCUCCAAACUUCGCUCAGAACCACUACAUGCUGGACGUGAACGAGCUCAUUCCAGUGAACUCCAGCGUUGGACUGAUAGAAGCUACUGACGUGGAUUCAGAGCCGCUGUUCUACCGCUUAGAGUCUGCAACAGACAAAUAUUUCCGCCUGGAAAACAUAAACACUCCAAAGAUCCUCGUCAAAAGCCUCCUGGACUUUGACGUCGUGCAGAAGAUCUCUCUGGUUUUACAUGUUCAGGACACGUUCAACGGUUCGGCCUCCAACGAGCCGUUCUUCACCUCCGUCGCCACCAUCACGGUGCACGUGAAGGACGUGGACAACCGGCCGCCGUGGUUCCAGCCGUGUCUCAGGACCAACUUAGGGAUGGCCAAACUGUGUGUGAGCAGCGGCUACAGAGGCAAAGUCAACCUGACCGAGAAGGAGGAAGGUCCACUGGUUCUGGAGCCCGGCCCGGUGUUUGCCAAGGAUGGAGACAAGAACAGGAGUGAACAGAUCAGCUACAGAAUACUGCGAG